AUGGUUCAGUUUACAACGGAGAUCACAGGCCGCUUCCACGGUCCUCCCAAGAUCGCGAUGGAUCAAGAAUCACUAAAGUUCGAAAUUCGCUAUGAGGCAAGAAUGAUUCAGCGGGCCUACGACUACUUCCAAUCCAACAUCAACGCUGGAAAUAUCGGACUGCCCAACUCUCGAAGCAUCAAAGCCUAUCAUCUGAGUAACGCACGCAGUCUUGAACCCGUCUACAAGUUUGAAGAUUGCCCCGAUGAUGAUGAUGGCGAGUUUCCCGAGUCCUGGGUCAAAGUACCUGGCGCCAUGAAGUCCGUACUGGACGAUUUCGCGUGGUAUGCGCCAAGACUCCUCGAAAAUCCUGACGAGGAUCUGGUGAGCAUGAUUGAAUGCGUCCUUGGGAGAGAUGCAGUGAACAGGGAGAUCAAGAGCUGGUUGCGCAGCCUGCCACGUUACAUCAAAGAUGUACCCAGGGUGGCUGGGCCGCAAAUCCCAGUCUACGUGCCUCUGGAAUUCGAGCGUGUGGAAUACAAACCUUUUGCAAACUACCAAAAGUUUGAAAAGGCGGUUUCAUACGAGCCCACUCAGGAAGAACUCGCCGAGACUGAACGCUUGCGCAAACAGAGCGAGGCAUGCGGUACACCUUCCGAGCAGACAGCACGAUGCUAUCUGUUCGACCUCAUCGAAACAAGCCCCUCAGCACGCGAGGCGCUGGAGAAGCAGGCUCGAGAGGACCCAAAGGCAGCUCAUCAUAUUAAGUUGCUGAUGGAGAAGAAGGUUGCCGCUGACAAGGCAAAUGAGUUGGAGUCCUUGUCGAAUUCCGAGGGAGAAGAGAUUCCCACCGAAGUUGACGACCAGAAAGAAAUGGUCCGUCAAAUGUACUCGGUCGGAAUCUCUGAAGAUAACGACAGCGACAGCGACAACGACAAGGUGUUCCAAAUUGAACAGGGACCCUUGGAAGUAUCACAGUCGCGUCGUUUUCCUAAGCCCGUCUUGACAGGAUGUCCCACUGGCAUUCUGAUCGACUUUUAG